UGAACCAUACGUUAAAAGUUAUUUUUUUACAAUUAUUAGCUUUGCAUUGCAUAAAGAUAUCAUGUAGUGAUGUUAAUCAACCAUCAAAUAUCAGUGCAAGACAAAGAGAUUUAUAUUUAACAAUGGAUAAAAUUCAUAAAAAAAGGAUAUCUGAGAUAAAAUGUGAAGAAUAUGAAUUGAUGACACAGCAAUUGAAAACUUCAGAACAAUGUGAUCAUUGUGUUUUAUUCUUAAUGGCUCAUGGACAGUAUGCGAGAAAAAAUGAGUUUCCACACAUGGCAGCAGUUGGAUGGAUUCAAGAUAGAAAUAGUGCAAUUGAAUAUUCAUGUGCUGGUUCAUUGAUUUCUGACCAAUGGGUUCUAACUUCUGCUCAUUGUACUCAUACUGAUAUGGGAUAUCCGAAGGUUGUUAAAUUAGGAACCCAUAAUCUAAGCAACGAUUCCGGAGAAAUUAUCAGUAUUGUGAACAUAAUCAUUAAUCCAGAAUUCAAUCAACCACGCCUGUAUCAUGACAUUGCUUUGUUGAAAUUGGAACGUGCUGUAGAAUUUAAGAAUAAUGUGAAACCAGCUUGUUUGUACAGAAAAUUUGAAACAGCACCCGAUGUUGUUUGGGCCACUGGAUGGGGUUCCAGAAGAAACGAUACUUACGAUCCCAGCAACGAAUUGAUGAAAGUGAAAUUACAGACAAUAGAUAACAUCAAGUGUUCAAUGGCAUAUGGCAAAACAAUUGCAGUACCAAAUGGCGUAUCUCCAAGCAUGAUUUGUGCAGGUGAUACAUUGAAUCAUUGGAAAAGCGACACCUGCAAAGGUGAUUCUGGCGGUCCGAUUCAAAUUCACCAUAACUUUAACGAUUCUAGUUUAUUGUUUGACAUUGUUGGAAUCACUAGUUUCGGUAGAUCAUGCGCUACAGAGACUAUUCCAGGUGUUUAUAUUCGAGUCUCGCAUUACAUCGAUUGGAUUGAAGAAGUCGUGUGGCUGAAUUCAUGAUUUAUCGACAUUAUAUCUGUAUAAAUACAUAAAUUAUAUUCUUUACUAAAUUUAUUUUUGUAAUUGUGACUCUGUGACAAAUAAUAAAAAGAA